AUGUAUGUAAGGCACAUCGCGUUCCUAACGACCCUAGUAGCAGCUGCUUUUGCAAUUUACCCAUACUUCGAUACUCAAGACUUUAUUUACAAUGUUCCCAAAGUAUACAGGAUUUCUAUUACUUUGGACAAACUACUGGAAUAUUACGAAAAGAAGCCUUCGAAGGACCCCGAAUGGUAUAUCGCUUUGGGGAUAGCUAGAGGUCAAUUAGAAUAUACUAUAAACGAACUGGACAAAUCGGUGCCACCAAAGCUUAAAGAAAACUUACAAAAUAUUACACGGAAAAUGGAUCGUAUCCGAAAUAAUACAGAUGUCUCGACAUUCGUUUAUCGCAAUAAAGACUACGAAUAUGUCUCCAAAGCAAUAUUUGAAAAUAUGGACGUGCUAUCUUCUCUAAUGGAGCCACUGACACUCGGUACUAUGGGAACACAAAAACCGUAUCGAUUUACUUUCGAACAGUAUGUGCAGGAAGCUCGUACUAAGAUGCCUAGCAGGAAGGCGGCAGAUGCAUGCACAAUGCAAUUGCUAAUAUCAGCAAUGGAAACACAGACGACACAAGCUGACGGUGCUUGUGAAUUAACGCCUGAAUGUCAUGCGCAGUUGAUGAAAGGGUCGGGCCUGGCCUUCCAGCAGACUAGCAGGCUCCGAGCAGCGAUACUAGCGCGGCUUUUCGACUGCAUGGAGGGUGUCGACAUCUCCGCGCACAUAUACAAGCUAUGCAUACAAAUUUACAAGGAAACGAAGUCACUCGAAGCUUGGAAUCACCCGCCCGGCACUAGGACAUUAUUUAUGCAACAGAUUCUCUACUGCGCAUCUCAAGGCUACGGAGAGUUUAUUAAGCCGCGUUGGAUGAAUAAAAUCUUGGCGUGGCAAGAACCUAAAGGAUGCUAUGCUGAUGACCGACAGCCUUUCCUUAAACUCACAGGCUUCGUGGGCCCAGCUACUACUCCCCCGCCAAAGGAUAGAGAGGAGGAGUAUCGUGUGAAGAAAGUGGCUACAUCUGAAGGUGGGUCCUGUAACUCACUUACGUCAGCAAUGGCACUUGGGUCCCUAGUAAUGUAUGUGCGAGCAUUAUUAGAAACCGAUCAAGCGUUUCAAUAUGACGUACUUUUAUAA